AUUUAGGGUAACCAAGGCAAGACUCAGUCUAGUAUAAAGGGAAUAACAUGGUGUCCCAGAGGCUGUUUAUGUUUACUUAAAGAACACGUUCAAGUGGGGCGUAUUUCCAGACACAGCGAAUAUUUUUUAUAUCGUUUCGGUUUUUACACUUUCUUUAUUUUCAUGUUCAGAUUUACUUGCUUAGUGGCAUGUAAAUCAGCUACUUUACUAAUGUGCCAGUCUUACAAAUGGAAAGGGGGCUUCACUUUGGAAGCGUGAGCAUUACCCUGGUGCUCCUGCUGCUGCUGCUGAAAGCGCUCAUAGGUUUCGGGACUUCGGAAGCUCAGGGCUCCGCCACCGGACUGGAGCCGGGGUCCGACAGCCGGGGUUCGGCGGCGACCUCGGGAGAACAUGGUGCCACCGCGGCCGUGGAGGAGCUCUGCAUGGAGAACACGGGCAGCGCGAUCACUGGAGCUGACGUUACGGUGGAGGACGAUGAGAACUGGUCUGCAGGGGAGGCCGAAGAAUCCCGGGGAGAAAGUGACGGAAAUGUUCGACCUACGAGGUCACUCGUGAUCAUCAGCACCCUGGAYGGGCGGAUCUCGGCGCUGGAUCCUCACAACCAGGGCAGGAAGCAGUGGGACCUGGACGUGGGCUCAGGGUGCCUGGUGUCCUCCAGCCUCAGCAAACCUGAGGUAUUUGGCAAUAAGAUGGUCAUACCUUCGCUUGACGGUGCCUUGUUCCAGUGGAACCGGGACAGGGAGACUAUGGAGGCUGUGCCUUUCAGUGUUGAGUCGCUGCUCGAGUCAUCCUACCGCAUCGGAGAGGACACCGUUCUGGUCGGGGGCAAGUCCCUCACUACUUACGGUCUGGGGGCCUACAGUGGCAAGAUCCGGUACAUUUGCUCUGCGGGAGGCUGCAGUCGGUGGGGGGAUGAAGAGAUGGAUACGGAGGACGUUCUCCUGCUGCAGAGGACUCAGAAGACRGUACGAGCCAUCAGGCCUCGAUCAGGAAUGGAGAAGUGGAACUUCAGUGUUGGGAGCUUUGAGCUCAAACUAGUCCCUGAGAAACAGUCUGGAAUGAACUUUCUGGAGGGAGACUUGGCGAACGAUGACUCCUGGAAGGAAAGCCAGCGAGUCAUCAUCGACGAACCAAAGGAGAGGGAGUACAUGGACAACAAGCAGAACCAAAACCAACAUUUGGACCUCGUCAUUAAAGUGUCUGUUCCCGAUUGGAAGGUCAUGGCCUUCAGCACCGAGCCCAACGAACAGCUGGUCUGGGAACAUCAGUUCUGUACACCCAUCGCCUCCGCCUGGCUGGUGGGUGGGGGUAAAGUCACACCGAUCAGCCUGUUUGACGACACCACCUACAGCAGCCGAUCAGAACCUAAAGAGGACGAUGAGGAGGAGUCCGAUAAAGCCCAGAGUGCUGCAGAGUCCAGUGUCUACCUCGGGAUGUUUCAGGGGCAGCUCUACCUUCAGUCAUCAGUGAKAAUCUCUGAAAAGUUUCCCUCUAAAGCUAUCGAAUCGGAGAAAGACAUCAUUUCUCUCCCCACCGUCAAAUGGAAGCCGCUUAUACAGUCCCCGUCUCGGACUCCGGCGCUGGUGGGCUCUGAUGAAUUUGACAAGUGUCUGAGUAACGACAAGUAUUCCCAUGACGAAUACAGCAACGGCGCCUUGUCCGUUCUUCAGUAUCCAUACGACAACGGUUACUACUUCCCCUACAGCAAGAAUUACCGGGAGAAACGUGAAAGUGCCAUCAGUCUGAUAAAGAGAAAUGAGGCGGGCUCRGACAUCCGCAGGAGAAAGGACCCUGUGCUGCUGCUGCCCUGGUGGAAGGAAAUCCUCGGCACCAUCGUCUUCUGCAUCGCUGCCACCACCUACGUCGUCCGCAGGUUCUUCCACCCGCCUGCCCCUGUGGCCUACGUCAGGCAACGGAAAGAGUCCGAGACGCAGUGCCAGACCGACAGCAAGUUUGACCUUGAAGUCGUCGAAUCCAAAGAGCCGGUUGCYGUGGAGAACCGCUUCAGCGAAUAUGUGUCCAGAUACCUAACAGACUUUGAGCCCGUGCAGUGCCUCGGCCGCGGGGGCUUCGGCGUCGUCUUUGAAGCUCGCAACAAGGUGGACGACUGCAACUACGCCAUCAAAAGGAUCCGCCUGCCCAACAGAUCCCUCAGAAUGAAAUCCAGUCUUCMCGUGUGGACUGACUGUAGUAAUAAUAACUCUUCCUCUUCCAGUACCACUGAUUGGCCGAUGAGCAUCCCCGACCACAUGGAGGUGCUGUCGGUCAAAGUCCCCGUGUCCAGCUCUGUGUCCCCCACGUCCGGUCCAGACGGAGACACAUCCGUCAGCGCUCAGGCUCUCCUCUCCAACAGCAACGCCGGCUUCAGCGCCGAUGAUGGAGACGGCGACCUGUCCUUCCAGCCGCUGCCGGGCCAUGACAGCYUGAUGUCUGAGCGGGACAGCCAGGCCGACCCCGACGCCUCUGACACCCCCAACUCCUUCGAGCUGUGCCCGCCCCGCGGCCCCAGCGACUGCACCUCCUCCUCCUUCGACAUCGUCUUCGAGGACUCCGGCUGCGAUCGGGAUGCCGACGCCGACACGGACUCGGGCACGAGCGCCGCCGGUCCUGGAACGCUGACGGAGAAGAAGAGUUCUUCUUCUCACAGCAGGCAGGAGGAGGCUGCGCCGCCGGCCUCCUCYAGUCCUCCUCGACCGACCUCGCUCACCCURGCUCUCCCAGCCACCCAGCCGAUCCAGCGCUGCCAGCCUUCCCCAAAGGUGUACCUGUACAUCCAGAUGCAGCUCUGUCGGAAGGAGAACCUGAAGGACUGGAUGGCUCAGCGGUGCCUGCCGGACCAGAGGGAGCUCAACCAGUGUCUGGACAUCUUCCUGCAGAUCGCAGAGGCCGUCGACUUCCUGCACAGCAAGGGCCUGAUGCACAGAGACCUGAAGCCUUCCAACAUCUUCUUCACCAUGGACGACGUGGUGAAGGUGGGGGACUUCGGCCUGGUGACCGCCAUGGACCAGGAGGACGACGAGGACGAGCCCAGCGUGUUGACCCCCGCCCCGCUCCUCACCCGGCACACGGGCCAGGUCGGCACCAAGCUCUACAUGAGCCCUGAGCAGCUCUCCGGUAACUCGUACUCUCACAAGGUGGACAUCUACUCUCUGGGGCUGAUCCUGUUCGAGCUGCUGUACCCCUUCAGGACCCAGAUGGAGAGAGUGAGGACACUCACCGAGGUGAGAGCUCUGCGCUUCCCAGAGCUUUUCUCCAGAAACAACCCUGAGGAGCUGACCAUGGUCCGCAGCAUGCUGUCUCCGAGCCCUGGCGAGCGUCCCGAGGCGGCCGACAUCACUGCCAUGUCCCUGUUCCAGGAGCUGGAGCUGCCGUGCCGGCUYGCCGUCAGGCAGCGCUCCCGGACGUACAGCUCCUCGUCCAUGGGCCGCCCCGCACGCCAGGCGUCCUCCAGCUGAAAACGCUGCGUUCGGAUACCGUGCGACACGAGAAGCYCCCGUCCUGCCCCGCCCGGUCACUUCGCCGCCAGAGAAUAGCGACGAAAAACUUUUUAAACGUAGACUGUAGAAAAAACACUGAGUCAUUUAUCGUUCAUGCAGCGUUACACUACCCAACUUUCACCCUUUAUAAGAGGGGAAGGCUCUUUCAAAAGCAUUUUUCUUGUGGGUAUUUCAACAAAACAAAAGAAAAAAGGGCAGUUUUUUGUUUGUUUGUUUUUUAAUCCUGCUCUCAGCCAGCUGUGUGUAAACCUGCCCACUGAUUUCUCUGCAGCGUUUACCUCUGAUCUCUCUCAGAAACUGCYUCUUUUCUCACUCUUUAACAAAAUCAUCCUCGACACUGGCGCAAAAAAAAAAAAAAAACUAAAACGGAUCCGGUCAAAACGUGCUGCUCACUCCCAACGUUGAGCCAGUGUUCAAUCCCACACAGCUACGCCUCAGGUAUGAAGAACCAGGGGGACACUCCUCACUCCCAAGGGGCCUUUGAUGCUCGUGGGAACACCGAGUGGUGUUUCCACACACACAAUCUGCCUGAUUUGGAAGACCAAAAAAAAAAACAAAAAGAAAACAUAAAAAAGAAGACGGCCAUCUUUUUUUCAUAAUCAUUUUUUUUUAUAUGAGAUGACGUAUUGCAUAGAGAGGCGUUUGAGUCCCGUCCGCCUGAUGUGACUUGCCUUUAGAAAGGGGCCGUCUGCCCUCUCAGGCUGAAUGCUAGCGCUAGCCCUCGUGUCUUUUUGCAUGUAUCAGACGGGAACAUGAAGGAAUGAAUGUGRGGUUGUUUUUUGUUUUUUAUCUUAAAGCCAGUACUUUUUUCUCUGUAAAUUUUCCAGAUUAACUCCUGAGGUGCUCAAUCCUUUUCUAGCACAUCUUCGUUACUAUCUGUACAUAGUUGAAGGCAAAACUUUGUUUAUACCCUUUUUUUCCGCCCCUUUGGUUAAGAUAAGUUUGACCAAUGUUGUACAUAUUGUAAGGCGCCAUUGCUUGUAAAAGGCUUUUUGUUUUUACAUAUUGACCUGUAAGAUAGUGUGAUAUACUGUGAGAGACGAAAACAAAGAGGAGGUUCGCUCUUUGCCGUUAAUGGAUAGCUGAAUGUUACAGUGUGACCCCCGCCUGGAGACAAGACCGCGGUGGUCACCUCUUUGAAAUUAUUCUCAGUGUUUGUUUUCACAUGUUUUUGGGGAACCAAGUGGAGAGCGUUGCCUUGCUUUGGAAAGAAAAAAAAAAAAACCACCAGAGAGGAGCUUGCAGGACCCGGAGUGCCAUUUGGAAAGACGGCUAAGUGUACUUUUCUGCAACCGAUAACACGGCCUUCUGCUGGCGAUUUCCCCCCCUGAAACGCACAAAACUACAACUUUUUUAUGGUUACAAUAACUGUUUGUUUGUUUGGUUUUUUUUGUAAAGAUGCACCGAGAAUUUUCAGCUCGACGGGCAAAUCCAAGACUCAAAAAUCUGGUAUUCUUCCAAUGUUUGAACACACCAUACACAAGCAGUGAAAAUGAAAACAGUUYUCGGUGUGGAUGUUGUUACUGUGUGAAGCAGACCUAAAGUUUGUCAUUUUCAGUAUCGGUGAAGCGUUUCGAGGUUCGGCUGCUACAACAGAGCUAGACCUCAGUGAGUUCUGGUCGUUGCGUGCCGACUUUUGUUUUGCCCAUUUUCUAGCGAACGUUUUCAGCUGUGAAAAUGGUGGCCUGCCAAAAUGACGUCAACAUGUACCCACCUCUUAAAUCCCCAUUUUGAAAAGGUUUGAUGUGUAGGAGCUGCUAAUAGGUACGCAUUGUAUUCCAAAGUCAGAUUUUCCAAGUUCCCAGUCAAGAAUACAACAAUAACUCAGCCUAAAAUCCAAAUAAAACCUUGGAAGAUGAAGACCAGACUUUCUUCUUAGUCCAGACCAGAUGAAUUUUUUAAUCUUAUUAAGCCCGUAGCUUAUUUACUAUACAUUUUAACAACUUGUAAACGUGUAUCUGUAAUGUUUAAGUGCAUCAAAUAGAGAAAAAAUACAUCAUUAGCACUUACAGCUAACUACAGCUAGCAUGUGMAGCUAGCUGUAGUUGCACAUGCCACACUAAGCUUUAACAUCUUUCCUAAAUCUGAUCUUUUUUUACUUUCAAUAUAGACUGAGCAAUGAUUAKAUAUAACAUACACAAGAAAACAAUGGAGGUGGGUGUUUUAAGUCUACCAGAAAAAUACAUUAUUAGUGUAUAUGGGCUAAUAGCGUAUAUGGAUUUUUUCACAUUGAACUUCAAAAAUGAGGAUAAAUGUUGAUGCAUUUGCAAACCUAAAGUAGUAGUAAUUUUUGUAGUUUUGAUGSAUUUAUAAUAAAUGAAGUAAAAAGAAAUCUGUGGUCAGAUCGGUGCAUCGCUACAAAAAAAAAAAAGGUUGAGUUCUGCAGCUCUCCUGUGUCGCAGCAAUACAGCAUUUCCAUAAAAAGAGUUGGUUGGUACUGUUUUGUCCCCUCUGCUGUGUCUAUGGGGAACCUGGACCUGAUGACGGGUGUGUGAUCCACAUGGCCUUUGUUUUAAUGCGCUGGAAGAGUCACAUGACCUGCUUUUUGGAACUACACACACACACAAACUCUAUAGGUUGUGCUUUCUAUGAUUGUACUUUUCUAAAGACCUUCUCUUUUUUCACAAUGAGUGCAGUUUUUUGUUUUUGUUUCAUUACUCUGCAGGGUUUUUAGAUCACGUUAGUCUUGACUGUGUCAGACGGAGGAAGUCAAAGUGAUGGGUUUUUUUUUUGUUUGUUUUUUGUUCAUUCGUCCGGUCAGCUUACAAAAGAUGAUUCAGAGUUAUAAAAUUAUCACUGUUUCCAAAUUUAAACAGGGUCCACCCUGUUAAAAGUGGAAGCUGGAUGGUUUUUUAAGUGAUUUUGCCUCGUCAAAACCAAACCCUGUUUGUUACUUUUUAUGUUACUUUAAUCCUUUUCUGACAUUUUUUUUUUUUUUUUUUUGGACAAAUAUUGUUGCAAUUUUUCUUUUUGAUUAUUGGUUUAUAUUUCACAGGAGGGUUUGGAAUAAUCAUUCAUCAGGAGUUUUUGGAUUUUGCUCCAAGUACAUGUUGGAUAAUGGGACAAACCUUCACAACUUUAUUCCACCACAUUGGUAAGAUACUGCAUCAUCUCYGUAUACUGACUGAAGCAUUACUGACUGGUGUAUCAACAGUCAAACCAAGAAAAUGUGAUCCCAUCCUAGGCUUUCCGUCCUUGUUUGUUUUCCGGAAACCCGAGUAGUUUUCUCGGAUAAAUUGUUCGAAUGGAAACCAAUUCCAUUGUGCGUCUCAAGCCUCUGCCUGCACAUGCAGACGCUUUGGUCUCUGUGCACCAAUCCCAUUUCUCCGUCUGUCCGUGUUGAACUGUAAAUAUGUCGAUUUGGUUUAUUUAUGUUUCGUGGGCGUGAUCGAUCCUUUGUGGGUUGGCGCUACACUGAGCGCUUCAUGCCAUGGAGCGCAUUGGAAUACGACUUCUUAUAAGUCUGAAUUUAAUAAACUGUUCUAUACAAUUUUCA